CUUGAUGCGACUCUCUUUUUCUUUUUGAUUUUUUUUUAAUGAAUUUUCUUGUUCUUUUUGUAUAUAAAUAAUAAUCCUAGGCAAGAAUACAGGCACAUAAGCAAAUAGUACACACAUCAUGACUGAAACUUUCAGAUUCCUCCACUAUUUCACCAACCCUGAACGCCGCACAUGCUUUCUUCGCAUUUGAUCCAAUUCUGGAUAUAUAUGCAGCAUUAUAGUUUCUGAUAGAACUGGAUUGAACUUGUCUAUUUGAGUUCUGGUUCUGGAUUUCUUUUGUUAAUGGAUGUCAAUCUGCAGUUGGUUGAUGUGGCAUUUUGCCUGUUCUUUGUGGUGUGGCUAUUGUGGGAUUUCCUGAAGGAAAGAGGAGAUUUUGGUGGUGAUAAUCAUUUGUUGCUUAGAGGAAAACUGUCCCUUUUCAGCAAGAUUACUGUUGUAUUAAACUUCAUAAUCAGCAUUUCUUAUGUGGGAUUCUGUCUUCAUGAGUUUUGGGUCGGGACUGGGCCGAUUGAGGCGGGUUUCUCAACACUUGCUUGGUGUUGUGCAUGUGUUCUUGCAGUUUAUGCAGUGAGCAGAGGGGCUGAAAAGUGGCCAUUAGUUCUUGUUCUGUGGUGGGGGUUUUCGAGCACGUGUGAUUUGCUUGUGGUUGUCUUUUAUAUCCUCCACCGUUUCGAGUCUGCAGAAGUGCCCAAGUUUCUUCCCAAAGCUAACAUUAUUGAUUUUCUGUCACUUCCGCUGUCUGUGCUGCUAUGUUUCAGCGCUCUGCGUAAGAAUAUUGCCAAGAAAAUGAGUGAUACCAUAAAACCAUUACUUGAAAAUCAGUUACGGAAUGAUUUAGGACAUGAUAGUGAUCCAUUUUCUACUGCUGGAAUUUGGAGCCAGCUAACGUUCAGAUGGCUUAAUCCUCUCUUUGAAAAGGGUCGCCAUGAGAAACUCCAACUGGGAGACAUACCGCCAAUUCCUCGAUCAGAAACUGCUGAUGAAGCGGCUUCGUUGCUUGAAGACUCUUUCAGAAAGCAGAAAACUCAGGUUGCCUCCCUGCCAAAUGCCAUACUCGAUGCAAUAUGGACGCCCCUGGCCAUAAAUGCAGUUUUUGCAGGGGUCAAUACAACUGCUUCCUACAUUGGUCCACUGUUAAUUACGAGCUUCGUCGAUUUCUUGUCAGCAAAGGAUGAAAAGUUGAAAUGGCACCAUGGUAUGGUUCUUGCAUUGGUCUUCUUCACUGCAAAGACUGUGGAGUCGUUAUCUCAGAGGCAGUGGUAUUUUGGUGCUCGUCGUAUUGGCAUCAGAGUCCGGGCGGCUUUGAUGGCGUUGAUAUAUAAAAAAUCUCUGUCAAUUAAAUAUGGUGGUACCAGUAGCGGCAAGAUCAUUAAUUAUAUCAAUGUGGAUGUUGAGAGGAUUGGAGACUUUUGUUGGUACUUCCACGGGAUCUGGUUGCUUCCAGUUCAGGUUAUCUUUGCCCUCAUUAUCUUGUACAAGAACUUGGGGGCUGCUCCCUCUUUUGCUGCUCUUUUCACCACGAUAUUCGUGAUGGUGAGCAACACCCCACUUGCCAAUAUGCAAGAAAGACUCCACACCAAGAUAAUGGAAGCUAAAGAUUCACGGAUAAAAGCUACUUCAGAGACCUUGAAGAGCAUGAGAGUUUUGAAGCUGCACUCUUGGGAAUCGACUUUUUUGAAGAAGCUGCUUCAGCUUAGGGAGACAGAAAGAAGUUGGCUUAAGAAAUACCUCUACACUAGCUCAGCUGUUGCUUUCCUCUUCUGGGCUUCGCCAACGUUAGUUUCAGUCGUUACUUUUGGAGUUUGUGUUGUGUUGGGAACACCGUUAACAUCAGGGACGGUUCUCUCUGCUUUGGCCACUUUUCGAAUUCUUCAAGAACCUAUUUAUAAUCUACCAGAGCUUAUUUCUAUGAUUGCUCAGACUAAAGUCUCAAUUGAUCGAGUUCAGAGUUUUAUCAUGGAAGAUGAUCAGAAGAGGUUGUUGCACUAUACUACUGCUAGUAAGCCGGGUGUCGCCAUUGAGAUUGAACCGGGAGAGUUCGCAUGGCAGAAUAGAGAAGGAAAGAAACCGACCAUUAAGAUAACCAAGAAACUCAAAUUAUCAAAAGGGAGCAAGGUGGCUAUUUGUGGUUCAGUUGGCUCCGGUAAAACGAGUUUCCUCUGCAGUAUACUCGGCGAGAUACCUAGAAUUUCCGGGCCAAGUAUUAAAACUUACGGUUCAAAAGCUUUCGUCCCACAAAGUGCCUGGAUACAAACUGGCACCAUCAGAGAUAACGUGUUGUUUGGUAAGGAAAUGAAUAGAGAUUUAUACGAAAAUGUGGUGGAAGCUUGUGCACUGAACCAUGACAUCGAGAUGUGGGCCGAUGGAGAUUUAUGCGUAGUUGGUGAACGGGGGUUGAACUUGAGUGGUGGACAAAAGCAAAGAAUCCAAAUGGCGAGGGUGCUCUACAGCAACUCUGAUAUAUAUUUGCUGGAUGAUCCUUUCAGCGCCGUUGAUGCACAUACUGGGGCUCACAUGUUCAAGAAAUGCCUGAUGCAACUCUUGCGUAACAAGACUGUCGUCUAUGUUACUCAUCAGCUGGAGUUUUUAGAUGCUUCUGAUCUUGUGCUGGUUAUGAAGGAUGGCAGAAUUGUCGAGUCAGGAAAAUAUGAAGAUUUGAUUUCAAAUCCUGAUGGGGAACUCAUAAGACAAAUGGCAGCUCACAGUAAAUCUUUAAAUCAGGUGAACCCUCACAAGACUACCAACUCAGAUAAGAGCUACCACCAGGCUAAACAAAUAGAAGAAACGGGAAUACAAUUUGUCGACCUUAGCAGAAGUAGCAGAGUUUCAGAGCGAAAUCUGCAUGAAGAAACAGAAAGUGGCAGAGUGAAAUGGCACGUCUAUGCAACCUUCGUCACCUCUGCAUACAAAGGGGCUCUAGUUCCAAUUAUCCUGUUGUGUCAGGUCCUUUUCCAGGUUCUGCAGAUGGCAAGCAAUUACUGGAUUGCUUGGGGAUCAGAAAGAAACGGGAGUGUCACAAAACAGCAAUUGAUUGAGAUAUUUGCUUUGCUUUCUGGUGGAAGCUCCUUCUUUAUUUUGGGUCGAGCAUUUGUGCUGUCGACCAUUGCUCUUGAGACUGCUCAGCGCCUCUUCCUAGGAAUGAUCACAUCAGUUUUCCGUGCACCUUUGUCAUUCUUCGACUCCACACCUUCAAGCAGAAUUCUCAAUCGGUCUUCAACAGAUCAAAGCAUAGUGGACACAGACAUUCCAUACAGAUUAGCUGGACUAGCGUUUGCGCUUAUUCAGCUUUUGAGCAUCAUUGUGCUUAUGUCCCAUGUCGCCUGGCAGGUCUUUUUCCUCUUCCUCAUCAUCUUCGGCAUCUCCAUAUGGUAUCAGUCAUACUACAUCAGCAGUGCAAGAGAAUUAGCUCGAAUGGUUCCAAUUCAGCAAGCUCCCAUUCUCCAGCACUUCUCAGAAUCGAUAUCUGGAGCAACAGUAAUACGGAGCUUCAAUCAGGAAGAUCGGUUUUGGAAGAAGAAUGCGGAACUCAUCAACGAUUACUCUCGUGUUGCCUUCCACAAUUCUGGCACUAUGGAAUGGCUCUGUGUUCGGAUCAACUUUCUGUUCAACCUCGUCUUCUUCAUCCUUCUCAUCAUCCUCGUUAGCCUUCCAAGAUCAGCCAUCGACCCUAGCUUGGCAGGACUAGCAGCUACCUAUGGUUUGAACUUAAAUGUACUCCAAGCAUGGGUGAUAUGGAACCUCUGCAACGUUGAAAACAAAAUGAUCUGUGUGGAAAGGAUCCUUCAGUUCACCGGCAUACCAAGUGAAGCUCCACUGCUGAUCGAAGACUGCAGACCGGACACAAAAUGGCCGCUCAAUGGAAGAAUUGAAGUCGAAAAUCUCCACGUACAGUACAACCCUUUUCUUCCUAAAGUACUCAAAGGAAUCACCUGCACCUUCCCAAGUAAAAAGAAAAUUGGUGUUGUGGGUAGAACUGGAAGUGGAAAGUCUACUCUAAUCCAAGCCCUCUUCAGAGUUGUGGAGCCUACACAAGGACGCAUCAUGAUUGAUGGAAUAGACAUUUCCAAGAUAGGUUUGCAAGACUUAAGGUCUAAGUUAAGUAUAAUCCCGCAAGAUCCAACUUUGUUUCAAGGAACUUUGAGGACAAAUCUUGAUCCUCUGCAAGAGCACACAGAUCAUGAGAUAUGGGAGGUUUUACACAAAUGUCAUCUCGCUGAAAUUGUGAAACAAGAUGAACGACUUCUUGAUGCUCCAGUCGCUGAAGAUGGAGAAAAUUGGAGUCUGGGGCAACGGCAACUUGUAUGUCUAGCUAGAGUGCUGUUACAAAGGAGACGGAUAUUGGUCCUGGAUGAGGCUACAGCUUCAGUAGAUACAGCAACGGAUAACUUGAUCCAGAAUACGAUUAGAGAAGAAACUAGCGAAUGUACAGUUAUAACUGUGGCUCAUCGGAUACCUACCGUAGUUGACAAUGACCUAGUUCUGGUUCUUGGUGAAGGGAAGAUUGUAGAAUACGACUCUCCCGCUCAGUUGCUUGGAGAUAGUAGUUCUGCAUUCUCAAGUUUGGUAAUGGAAUUCUUGAGAAGAUCUUCUACCAAGAACAGCUAUGAAUGAGAAUGACAUUAAAUUCUUUGGCUCAGCAGAUCAUAAAUCACAAUCACUGGCUCGUUAUUGCUUCAAUGAGGAUGAACCGUGCAAAGGUUUGACAUGAAUCAUGACAGACUUAGAAGAUAGCACUUUGUCUACUUAUAUUUGUACAUAGGAACUCACAACAGAUUAACUGAUACAAAUUACUUAGGAAGGAUAGCAUCGAUGUCAUUCUAGAUUCACAAAUUUUGCAGAGUAAACCAGCUCAUACAGAAUGAUAGGUUAGACAACAUAAAUCUGGACCAGUUAUCGGCCCAGAAUUAUCGUUCUAGUUGUAAAUAUAACUAUAGUCUGUUAUAAUAUGCAUUCCGCCUUCACAUUGUUGGGAAAUAAGUAACAUGAUUGAUUGAUCUCC